AUGCCAGAACUUGCCGAAGUCGAACGUGCCCGAACCUUCCUCCACACCCAUCUCGCCUCAAAACGCAUCACCUCCAUCACCGCACCUGACGACGCAAUCCUCUACGUCUCUCCCACGUCCGCCACGGCAUUCAAGGACGCCCUCGAGAAUCGAAUUAUCGGUAGUGUUAAGAGGUAUGGGAAGUACUUCUGGUUCGAGAUGGAAGCGCAGGAGAUAAGCGAAGGAUUGUGCGUACUGAUGCAUCUGGGCAUGACGGGCUGGCCACACAUCCGCAACACAAAAACCCACUACUACUCCCACCGCGACGCUUCAUCCACCGAUAUCUGGCCACCGAAGUUCUGGAAAUUUACAUUGAUGAUGGACGACGGCACCGAAAUGGCAUUCUGCGAUCCCCGCCGCCUGGGACGGGUGAGGUUGGUUCAUACCCAAGAUCCCAUGUCCGACGAACCCCUCUCCCGCCUCGGUUUCGAUCCAGUGAUAUGUAUGCCCUCCCUCCCCCUCUUCUCCGCCAAAGUCCGCGCGCGCCGCGUCCCGAUCAAAGCACUCUUGUUAGAUCAAGCGUUCAGCGCAGGGGUAGGGAAUUGGGUCGCGGAUGAGGUGUUGUAUCAAGCGGGGAUACACCCCGAGCAAUAUUCGAAUACAGUUGACGAAAGACAACUGGAGAGAUUGUGGGAAUGGACUAGGAAGGUACCUGUGACGGCGGUGGAAGCUGGUGGUGACUCUGAUAGCUUUCCUGAGGAUUGGCUAUUCAAACACAGGUGGAGUAAAGGGAAGACUGGCUAUAUGCCAUCCGGUGAGAAAAUCACAUUCAUCACCGUCGGAGGCCGGACCUCCGCAGUCGUUUCAAGCCGACAAAAACUCAUCGGAACAUCCGACAUAGACGGGACUUCGAAGAAGGUAACAAAGAGAGGUGGUACGAAGAGGAAGAAGGUCAAGGAGGAAAGCGAGGACGAGGAAGAGGAAGAGGAGAACCCAAAGCCGGUGAAGGAGGAGAAGGAGGUGCAUGAGGGUAUGAGGAGGUCUGGGAGGAAACGGAAGACGGUGAAGAAGGAGGAUAGUCUUUCUCCUCCGCCGUCAGAUCUAGAAUGA